AUGGACCCAGCAACGGGCAGCGGCCGCCGCCUGCAGGCUCUGUCAAAUGACCAUCGUGCGGCCGCUUGCUCCAAUCAGGGCGUUGAUGAUAUUUUGGAAACGGCCAGGAAGCAGAAAGUGGCCUGCGAAAGUAAGCAAUGGGUGAUCAAGCUGGGUUCACGAAGCUUCAAAAUACGGAAUGGUUUCUCGAAUAUCAUCGACUGGCUUCAAAAGUUCAAGGAGGUUGGCGACAUAGCCGUCAAUUUCGACCCUGUUCAUGCGGCGCUCCCUUGGGCAGCUUUUCGAUUCCUCCUGCAGGCAGCCACUGCGAGUCGGGAUUCCAUGGAGGCCAUUGUCACUGUUCUAGAGCUUGUUAGCCGCAUUAUCCAGCAUGGGAGAGUAUUCGAAAAACUGCACGUCUUGGCCUCCGAGGAUACUCACGACGAGCAGGACGUCCUGGACGGGUUAAAGAAAACCGUGGUCGACUUAUACGUAGCCGUUUUGACGAGUCUGGACUAUUGUUGUACUCGGCUCGACCAAAAUACUGGGCACCGCUCCUUGAGCGCAAUUCUGAAACCCCAAGAGGCCGAGAAUAUCAGAGAGCAGCUGACAAAGCGCUGGAAUAUUGUCGAAGACAACGCACGAUCCCUUCAAGGUCUUCGCAUUGUAAAAAUAUCUGCCGACAUUAAGGGUUCUCUUCCUGAUGUUUUACGAAUGCUGAAAGACCUGAAAGAUGUCUCAAAGGUUCUGGUCAAGAUGAAAGAGAAUGAACGCCGUCGAAUACUUGAUAAUAUUUCAACUACACAGUUCGGAAGUCAGCAUAAAUCGGUACAUGAUCGCAGGACUAAGGGCACUGGGGAAUGGGUUCUUCUGACUCCAGAAUUCCGACAGUGGGAGACGGACGAAUGUUGCCCCAUUACUUUGCUAUAUGGCUCACCGGGAUCCGGCAAGACUUUCUUGAUAUCUCGAGUCAUCGACCGCAUCAAAGAGCGGCUUGGGGGUAGGGAGUCGAAUUGUGGAUUGGCAUAUUUUUAUUGUGACCGCAAUGACAUCAACCGGCGGCAACCAACUAUCAUUCUAAGCAGUCUCGUUCGCCAGCUAGCUUCCCCUAUUGGGAGAGUCGACGAAGUACAUCAGUGUAUCCAGGAGCUCGACAAGAAACUCCGCUCCGAGUGCCUACAAAUGGACCUGCAACUAUGCCAAGAUACAAUAGUAGAGCUUGCCGCAUCUUAUCAACGCUCCUCAAUCGUGCUUGACGCACUGGAUGAAUGUGACGAGGAAAGCAGAAGCCAACUAAUGGGCUGUAUAAGCGAGAUUUUGCUACGGUGCCGGAAUCUAAAGGUUUUUGUCUCGAGUAGGAUGGAAUACGACAUCAGGCAAUACUUCAAGUCCCAGCCAACCAUCACGAUCCGGGCGACGGACAACCAAAACGACAUUGAGUCAUUUAUCCGAGAAAGGCUUGGAAGCGAUGCCCAGUGGAACAGUCUAGAUAGAGAACUCCGAGAAGAAGCUCAAUCUACGCUCUUUGCCAAGAGCGACGGCAUGUUCCAGUGGGCCAACCUACAGAUUCAGGAGCUUCUGAGAAUAAAGCACCUGAGUAAUAAGGCGAUAAGGGAAUGCCUUCGGACUUUGCCAGCCACCCUCGAUGAGACGUACGGGAGAAUCUGGGAGAAAAUAAACAAACAGAACCCAUCCGACCGGAAGAUUGGGAGACGCGCUAUCAAGUGGGCUCUCAGUAUCAACCGGGCCUGGGACACUUAUGGAUGGGUAUUUCCACAGGCCCUGAGGAUCGACGACGAAACGGAGAGCCUCUACGACAUUGACGAGACGCCGCCUAUCCCAGCCAUCGAAGGAGCUUGCUACAAUCUCUUAGUAUAUGACAUGAAAACAGAGAAAUGGCAGUUUUGCCAUCUAUCCGCAGCAGAAUACCUAGAAUCAGCAGCCAUGUCUGAACUCCAGCCACAUCGUGAUGCCGCGAUAGCAUGCCUUAAAUAUCUUCUUGAUGGAUUAGGUUCGCAACCCCCACCCUAUUGGUCUCUGCAGUACAACUUUCCCUCGUAUGCUAGUCGACAUUGGCAUUACCACGUGAAGCGUCAUCACGACAGCUCAGCUACGAAGCACCCACAGCUGGAGCACCGUAUCGAGCGGUUCUUGGGUUCGGCAACCCAGAGUGCGAGGAUGUAUUAUGUUUGGGCGGAUGAAUUUGCGCCCGACAAUGAAGAUGACUUGCAGCCAUCGUCGUCGCCUCUGUUCGGGGUCGUCAAAUUCGGCUUAUGCAGGGUGUUGAAGGAUUGGUACGACCUUGACCCAAGCAUUGAUCUCGACGUACGAAAUAAAAACGGUUAUUCUCUGCUUGGCUUGGCGGCGAGAGAAUGCCAUUUCGAUCUUUGCCAAUUUCUGGUUGCAAAAGGGGUGAACAUCGAAGCAGGGACACCAAGCCCACUGCAUCUCGUCUGUGGAAUUCCCCCGUCGAAGCUGGGUUUGCCUCUCAACACAUCUCCAAACAUGGGGCUAGCCGAGCCAAAAGAAACUCAUAAGACAGUAAAACAAAUCGCAGUACUUCUUAUCGAUAACGGAGCGGACGUUAAUUCUCGAGACAGAGACGGACGGACGCCAUUAGACAUGGCCUUGAGUACAUCAAAAGAAGAUGUAAUCUCGAUGUUAGUCAAGCACAAUGCAGAAAUCGGAAACCUCACGGAUGGGCUGUUAAGUACUGUAAGGCUCGUUAAUCGGGAUUGGAUGCGUUAUUGCCUCGAUUCGGGUGCGACGAUCGAUGAAUCCGACAGGGAGAUAUGGAAUCAAAUCAUCUUCUUUAUCAUAUCGAAUAAGACGAUAUCAAUAAAGAUGCUUCUCGAGGCUGGUAUUGACAUCAACUAUACUCCACGCAACGGACAUACACUAUUGAAUAUGGCGGCUUGCUUUGGAAACCUGGACCUGAUGUCGUUGUUGAUCAAGGCCGGCGCAAACGCAAAUCCGAAAGGGGCCAAGGAAGGGCCAAUAUAUCAAGCUGCAGCCUCAAGCUGCAUCGGAGACAGUAAAUCUAUCAAGAAGCUCUUUCAUUCUGUUGCCGCCAAUAUCCUACGUGAAGGUGUUUCCCCUUUGGUUGGUGCUUGUCAUGCCAAGGACGCUCUACGCAGGAGCAAGCUUCUCCUUGAUUUAGGGGCAGAUCCCAACCACAUCCGUCAUUUUGAGUCUCCUCUCGUCUCGGCAGCACUGUCUCAAGAAGAAGCGCUGUUGCAGCUUUUUCUCGAAGCAGGCGCAGACCCAAACAGCAAAGACGGCUUCGAAAACGCUCUUCUCCUCGCAUCGAGAUACCCCACGAAUCGUGCUCUCCAGAGGCUCUUAGAUGUUGGAGCGGACCCAACUCUCACCUUCACCCAGGGUCCCGGCAGUGCUCUCGCCUUUGCAGCCUUCAUCGGUAAUAUUGAAGCUUGUUCAUUCUUACUAAAUUCAGAACUUGGUGUCGACGUCAACGCAAAACUGCAUGGCUGGUUCGAGAAUGUUUUGUUUGCUGCCAUGAGCAGAGACAUUUGGGAUUCCAACGAGACAAAGUGGCUGCAUGCCUUGUUCAAUGAUGGUUUGGAUCUUUGUUGUACCCCAAAAGGCUACAUGUUCAGCGGCUUGUGGGAUUAUAAACUAGGGGAAAGUGGCUCCAAAAUCAUCGCACUAUUAUUUGAAGCUGGUGCCAACGUCAUCAUCCCCAUAUAUAAAACACUACCGCCUUCUCUUCCUGCGAUAAAUGUCGGGGCCCGAGAGUAUCUCAUAAGCAGUGCCAGAGCCACAUCUGACUUCUCCAGGCACUGGCUAAGUGUUGUCUGGGAUAUAGGUUCUUCACCUAGGCCCCAUCUACCCCUCUCUACGGCGCUGCGACGUUAUAAACUUCCAUUUUCUGUCCCACCUUCAGCCAGCAUACUUAUCAAACUAACAUCAACCUCGGCUCCUCCAGAUGUAGAAUAUGCCGGUAUCUUCAUAUUCUCUAAUGCAUCUACACGCUUAAUAUUUGACAAAAACAAAUCAAGAUUUGAGCAUUUUGGGAAGUUUCACACGACCGCCCAAAUUUCUAUAUUCGAAGAUGCUAAAAAGAGUUGCGAGAAGUUUCUCCCUUUCACGUCUUCCAUCAAGCCUCUACCCAAUCAGAUCAUUAGACUAACCGUAUUCAUUGGAUUUAUCUUAUACAUCAUGUAUGCAUUGCUGCGUUCUGAGUAA